AGUUAAUGUUUAUGUUCUUAAAGCUUAAACAUUUUCAGCUAAAUCUGACACUCUUAAACUCUGGUGACUCUCCUUUUGCAGUUCUUCCCAGAGUGUAGGAUGUGGUAAGUAUGUACAGGCAAGAUCAUUCACGGCAACUGCAAUGAAGCAUCUCUCCAGACUUUUAAAAUCUCUGAGUGCCUCCAAAUUGCCCUAUAGAAUUAAAAGCCAACCUUGCAGUGGAUCUCCAGAUUUGGAUUUCUCCGACUAUGAAGCUCUCUACAAGAAUGUGCCCGAGCAUUUCAAUUUUGCAAGCGAUGUGCUGGAUAAAUGGAGCCAAAAGGAGAAGGAUGGGAAGAGACCUUCCACUCCCGCCCUUUGGUGGGUAAGUGGGAAAGGCGAGGAGGUGCGGUGGAGCUUUGAGGAGCUGGCAUUCUUAUCCAGGAAAGCAGCCAACGUCCUCUCCAAAGCUUGCAAUUUGCAGAAGGGAGACCGAAUCAUUAUCCUCCUCCCGAGGGUGCCUGAGUGGUGGCUGGUCAGUGUGGGCUGCAUCAGAGCAGGUGUCACCUUCAUCCCAGCCACAACCCUGUUGACUGCUAAAGACAUUGUGUACCGGCUGCAAAAGUCUCAGGCCAAAUGCAUAGUUACAAAUGAGGCCUUGGCUCCAUUGAUCGACUCUCUUGCAUCUGAUUGCCAGUUACUGAAAACUCGGAUGUUGGUCUCCAAAGGCACCAGCAGAGAAGGAUGGCUGAACUUCCAUGACCUGCUGAAAGCUGCAGGUGCUGAUCACCAGCCUGUUAAAACAAGGAGUGAAGAUCCAGCUAUCAUCUACUUCACCAGUGGAACCACGGGUUAUCCCAAAAUGGUGGAACAUUCCUGCAGCAGUUUGGGGAUUGGACUAGCAAGUACCGGAAGGAACUGGAUGGACCUGAAACCUUCAGAUUUGAUGUGGGGUUUCUCCGACACAGGCUGGAUCAAAUUUGUCUUCAGCAAUUUGUACCCUACAUGGAUGCUAGGAGCGUGUGUCUUUCAGCAUGGCAUGCUGCAGUUCGAGCCAACAACCGUUCUCAAUACUCUUUCCAAGUAUCCAGUGACGAUCUUCUGUGGCACCCCAACUAUUUUCCGUAUGCUUCUGCAGCACGACGUUAGCAGAUACCAGUUCAAGAGUCUGAGACGAUGCCUGAGUGGUGGGGAGCCAACCAACCUUGAAGUGAUUGAGCAGUGGAAAGCUCAUACAGGAAUAGUAAUCCGUGAAGGCUACGGGCAGACAGAGACAACCAUACUUUGCUCAGCCCCGAAGGAUAUGAAAGUCAAGCCUGGGUUUAUUGGACCAUCAUCUCAUCCCUUUGAUGUCCAGAUAAUAGAUGAACACUGCAAUCGCCUGCCUCCUGGGGGAGAAGGAGACAUUGCUGUUAAAAUCAAACCCCAAAGGCCCUUGGGUCUCUUCUCUCGCUACUUGGAUGACCCUGAGAAAACAGCCUCAACAGAACGUGGAGACUUCUACAUCACUGGGGACCGAGGGAUCAUGGAUGAAGAUGGCUACAUCCGGUUUAUGGCAAGAGCUGAUGAUGUCAUCUUAUCUGCUGGGUAUCGCAUCGGGCCCUAUGAAGUGGAACAUGCCUUAAUGGAACACCCAGCAGUGGCAGAAUCGGCUGUUGUCAGCAGUCCGGAUCCCGUCAGGGGAGAGGUUGUGAAAGCCUUUAUCAUCCUGUCGCCUGCCUACGAGUCACGAGAGAAAGACCAAUUAAUUUGUGAGCUGCAGGACCAUGUCAAGAAGACAACAGCUCCCUACAAGUACCCCAGAAAGAUAGAGUUUGUCCAAGACCUGCCCAAGACAAUUUCUGGAAAAAUCCAAAGGAAAGAGCUGAGGAAGAAGGAGUGGGAGAAAGCCUAACAGGACUCUGAAACCAGCAUGAAAGGACUGAUUUUUAUUUGUCUCAAUAGUCUCAGAGGACUGAUGAGUAGGUAGAUAGAAGAUGUAAACUGUUUGCCACCAGGGACAAAUUAGACAUCACCAAUCACCUAUCAGCAUACGGUAACAUUAAGGGGUUUCUGACUAUGCAUGAAGCCUGGUGUCAGUGCUUUCCAACUCUCUUCAAGGUUGGAUGGCUGCAAUGCACUCUGUGUGGGGUUUCCCUUGCACCUGACCCAGAAACUGCAGUUAGCCCAGAAUUCUGCAGCCUGGCUGCUGACAGGAGUAAAACUCCAUCUGCAUAUGACACCUCUGCUCAGAAAUCCGCUCUGGCUGCUCAGUGGUUACUGGGACAAGUUCAAA